UGCUAUACAAUCAUUUACACGGGUGUGCAACUCUCUUUCAUUAUCUAUCGCAUCUCAAACUCGAACUGAAACUCAAACUCAAACUCAAAAAACACACAUUUUAACGAGGAACAAGAAAGAACAAUGGGCGGUAAUAAUUUGGAGACAAGGUCAUUGAUUGAUGAGCUGAGGCCUUUUGAUAAGACUGCUGGUCUUUUUGAUCUUGGCCAUCCUCUUCUCAAUCGUGUUGCUGAAAGCUUUGUCAAAGCUGCCGGGAUUGGAGCUGUUCAGGCCGUUUCUCGAGAGGCUUAUUUCACUGCCACUGAAAGUGUGAGUGGUGACAAUGGGGGGAUGCCCCCAGGGAUUGGGGGGUCUAGGCGAAAUCGCUUUCCGGACCUUAAGGGUGAAACUAAUAAGAAGUCUGUUGAAGCCCUGGUUAAAGGCAGCGGAAAAGAAUCACUGCAAUGGGGUUUAGCUGCUGGGAUGUACUCAGGUCUUACUUAUGGGCUGAAGGAGGCUCGUGGAGUUCAUGAUUGGAAAAAUAGUGCAAUGGCCGGAGCAGUCACAGGUGCGGCAUUGGCUUUAACAUCAGAUGAUUCAUCUCAUGAGCAAAUUGUGCAAUGUGCGAUAACCGGUGCUGCCCUCUCCACUGCUGCAAAUCUCCUCACCGGAAUAUUUUAAGUGCACCUAGUAUUUCUUUGAAUGCCAGCUGAUGUAGUUGGACUAUGUCUUAAGGGUAGUUGUGGCUCAGAUACCUCAAGUGAAACUGAAAUAUGUAGUGAUGCAUUUUAAUUAAGCAGAUUGAACCUCUUGUUUUGAUCAGUGAACUAUGUAAUGGUGUAUUCUUGCAAGCAUAUUGGAUACUCCCUCUGCCCCAUUUAA